ACUGUCUAAUAAUAUGAGCAGAUUGCUCAUUACGCACCACUUCCGGUUAUGAAUCCCAACACAGAGCCACCAUCACAAUUAGCACCGCCUCAGCCCCCUCAGCCCCACCGUCCAUCCACCUCCUGUGACCGACACCCCGACGAGCAUUUCACUGGCUUCUGCCCCUCAUGCCUCUGCGAGCGGCUCGCAGUUCUCGAACCUUCUUCUUCUUCUGCUGCUUCCUCUUCUCGGAAACCCCCCAUCGCAAUAACUACCUCCACCGCCACCGCUGCUCUUAAAGCCAUCUUUAAGCCCUCUGGUGGUGGUCCCAGUAAUAAUUCUUCGAGUCGGUCUAAACCCGGGUUUUUCCCGGAGCUCCGGCGGACGAAGUCGUUUUCUGCUUCGAAGAACGAGGGUUUCUCGGGUGUGUUCGAGCCUCAGAGGAAGUCUUGUGACGUUAGGGUUCGGAGUACGCUUUGGACACUCUUUAAUCAGGACGACGAGAAGAAUCCGCACAAGAAGGAGGCCGGACGCGCGGAGAUUGUAGAGGUUGAGAACAGAAAUUUGGGAUCUUCGGCUAGUGUUCGAGGUCCUGUGUUGGAAGGGAAGGAAGAGGGCGAGACUGAGUACGAGAGCGAGCAGGAGGAUGAUAUCGAGAUCAUCGAGGAGCCCAAUGUGGCUUCAUCCAGUGUGAUUGAGGAGAAAGUUGGAGAAAUCGUGGAGGAGCACGAGCAGGAACCGACUCAGGAAGAAGAGUUGAAGCCCAUGAAAGACCACAUAGAUCUUGAUUCGCAGGCCAAGAAACCCUCCGGUAGAGAUUUCAAGGAGAUUGCGGGUAGUUUUUGGUCUGCUGCUUCAGUAUUCAGCAAGAAAUUGCAGAAAUGGAGGCAAAAGCAGAAGCUCAAGAAGCGCAGAAAUGGAGUGGGUUCUGCAAGAUUGCCAGCGGAGAAGAUUGGGAGACAGUAUAGAGAAACCCAGUCCGAGAUUGCAGAUUAUGGCUACGGUCGAAGGUCUUGCGAUACAGAUCCAAGAUUCUCACUUGAUGCCGGAAGGAUGUCGUUUGACGCGGUCCGGAUGUCUUUUGAUGCGGCCAGGAUGUCAUUUGAUGACCCGAGGUACUCUUUCGACGAGCCUCGAGCUUCUUGGGAUGGUUACUUGAUCGGCAGAACGUUUCCGAGGAUGCCCACCAUGCUUUCCGUCGUGGAGGAUGCUCCGGUUCAAGUUUCGAGGUCAGAUACCCAAAUCCCUGUUGAAGAACCCAUGAAUUCUAUCAAUGAGGAGGAGACAGUUCCCGGAGGUUCUGCACAAACAAGGGACUAUUACUCGGAUUCUUCUUCAAGGAGGAGAAAGAGUCUUGACAGGUCCGGUUCCCUUAGGAAAACGGCGGCGGCGGCUGUGGUGGCGGAGAUGGAUGAAAUGAAGUCGGUUUCCAAUGCAAAGGUGUCCCCUGCAACCGCUGAUUGCAUCAAUGGAGCUAAGUUGGUUGUGCCAGAUAAAGAUUUAAAGGAUUCAAACACAAAUUCUUUGAGGGAUGACUAUUCUGAGACAUUUGAAAUUGGUCUUAGAGAUAAUGCAUCUGUGAUUGGAAAUGGUGAAAGAAAGGCAACAAAGAAGUCUCGGAGUUGGAUUAAGCCAUGGAACAUUUGGGGGUUCAUAUACAGGAGGAGUGUUAACAAAGAUGAGGAUGAAGAUAGGUUCAGUAGAGCCAAUGGUGUGGAGAGGUCAUUUUCGGAGUCUUGGCCAGAGUUAAGAGGGGAAAGGAAUGGAGAAGUGAAAGGGGCUUUUAAUCCAAAGAUUUUGCGAAGCAAUAGCAGUGUAAGCUGGAGGAAUUCAAGUGGUUUUGGUGGACCCUUCGGCAGUGCAAGGAAGAGCAAUGUUGAGAUAAAUGGGCAUGGUAAAAAGAGGAGAGAUGAGUUUGUACUGGAGAGGAACCGAAGUGCUAGGUAUUCACCAAAUAACAUUGAUAAUGGGCUAUUAAGGUUCUACUUGACACCAAUGAGGGGCAGUAGGAGGGGUGGCUCAGGCAAAAGUAGGGUGAAUCAGGCACAUUCUAUCGCGAGGAGCGUACUGAGGCUGUACUGAAUUUGAGGUUGAUAAGGUGUUUCUUUGGUUUAAUGUUGUUAAUUUUACUGCAUUUGUUGUGUAAACCACACAUGAUGCCCGUGUAAUUCUUGGUGGUUGGUUGGAUAUAAAGCACCCUAAAUUUGUUGCCUUUCUUGUGAGUGGCAUGCUUCUUCAUUUAUUCAAAUAACAGCAAUUUUCAGUG